CUUUUCUUCAUUGCACUCAUAUUUUCUAAGAAAACAUCAUUUCAUUUUGGUAAAAUCUAGUGCAUUCCUCCUUCUCUUAUUUUUGAGUCAUCUGGAGAAAGCAAUAGCCAUUUAAGCAGUGACUGCGUUAUGGACUUGGUGGGGCCAAUCAUUGAAAUUGUUAAGCUUGUUGGUCGUCCAAUUGUAAAAUACCUGAAAUAUCAGAUAAAAUUCAAUGGCUAUUUGAAAAAAUUCAAGGAAAGCAAAGAAGGCUUGUCCAAUCGAAAGCUUGAAAUUGAAGCAAGACUAGAGACACAGCUUCAAUCUGCAUAUUACAAUGUUGCAAAGGCAGAAGUGCAAGAAUGGCUGAAAGAUGGGGCUGAGUUUAUUGUAAGACGGGAUGUUGAAGAUGAAGUGAACAGUUGGGGUUAUCUCUCUUGUUGUUGCCGAGCAGUGAUUCUAGAGGAAAGAACACACGAAUUGAAGGAAAUAUAUGAUAGAGGGGAUAAAUACACUAAUGAGUGUUUGGUCAUUGAAGAUCACUCUAGGAAACUCAAUUAUGAUGUGAAGAGUUUUAAAGAAUUGAAAGAAAAGCUGCAGCACAAACAGGGAGAUAUUGUUUGUUCACAACUUGUCCAUGGGAAAAUUGAGAAGGAGGAAGUCAAACAUUGGCGAGAAAAAGUGGAAGAGAUAACUGGCCGUAUUGCCAAAGAUAUUGAAGAUAAAUUGGAUGGAGGAAGCUGUCUCUCACAUGCUUCUGACCCAACAGUAGUGCUUCUUAGAGAAAAGAUUGAAGAAAUGGAGAGAAAUUUUGAAGAAGGAAGUCGAUUGCCAGACUGUUUGGUCAUUGAUGAUCCAUUAGCUUCACUAGUUGAACUGCCAACAUCAGAGUUACAAGGCAGUGAAAGUGUUAAAGCAAAUAUUUUGGCGUGCUUGAAGGGAGAAAAGGUGACAAAGCUGGGAGUUUGGGGGAUGGGGGGAGUAGGGAAAACAACAAUCAUGAAGCAUGUCCAUAAUGAAUUGUUGAAAGAAGAUAAAUUCAAGAAAAUAAUUUGGGUAUCCGUGUCACAGAACUUUGAUAUCUACAAAUUGCAAGAACAAAUUGCAUGUAGCUUGAAGGAAAAGUUGGAAAAGCGUCAAAAUGAAACUAAUCGUGCAGGAGUGUUGUCAAAGAUGCUAGAAAAACAGAAGCCUUACUUGUUGAUUCUGGAUGAUGUGUGGAGCAGUUUCAGACUUGAAGAUGUUGGAAUUCCCGAGCAACAUAUAGCUAAUGGUUGCAAGUUAGUAUUGACUACACGGUCACAAGAGAUUGCUCGUUCAAUGGGUUGUAGAAGAAUCAAAGUGGAGACUCUUUCUGGAGAGGAAGCUUUAAAAUUGUUUUUAAAUAAAGUUGGAGGUACUGUUUUAUCAUAUCAUGGAGGCGGCAUUAAAAAUGAUUUAGAAUCAACUUUGAAGGGGAUUGUGGAUGAAUGUGAUGGUCUUCCAUUGGCAAUUGUUACAGUUGCUGGCAGCUUAAAAGAAAUAUCCGUGCCACAGUUGUGGGGUGCUGCAUUGAACCAAUUGAGAGAUUGCAAAAGAAAUGUAGCUGGUACAGAUGAUGCUAAUGCAUUUAAGAUAUUAAAGUUCAGUUAUGAUUGUUUGAAGAACCCAAAGAUCCAGUAUUGUUUCUUAUACUGCGCAUUGUAUUCUGAGGAUUACAAGAUUCCAAAGGAGGAAAUUAUUGAAAACUGGAUUGAUGAGGGGUUUAUAGAUGAUAUGGAAACUCGACAUGCAAUGAAGGAUGAGGGUUAUGAUAUUUUGAGGAAGCUUGAAGACAAUAGCUUGUUGGAAGUCAUUAAAGAUGAACAUGAAGGAGAUUGUGUGAGGAUGCUUGAUCUUAUCAGGGACAUGGCGUUGGACAUUACAAGAACGAGUCCUCAGUUCUUGGUUGAAGCUGGCAAGUCAUUGACAGAGCUACCAGAGAAGGUAAAAUGUGCAGAAGAUGUUGAAAAGGUUUCAAUAAUGUUUAAUCAGAUAGAAGAAAUUCCAUCAAGCAUGGUAUCUUCAACGUGCACAAGGCUCACAACCUUACUGCUGGCCCAUAACAAAUUGUCAACAAUUCCAGAAUUUGUCUUUGAGCACAUGCCUGAGCUAAAAAUUCUAGAUCUGUCCUUCAAUUACAAGCUAUGGAGUCUGCCAAAUUCAGUCUCCAAAUUGAUAAAGCUUAUUACAUUGUUGUUGGAAUCAACAUCCCUUGAAAAGGUACCAUCUUUAUCAAGCCUUGGAUCCUUGCAAAAGUUAAACCUUAGGGGGACAAAAAUCAAAGAAGUCCCUGAAGGCUUGGGAAUGUUGAAGAAUUUGAAAUGUCUUUUUCUUUGUGGAUCAAAAGAUUACAAUCUUGAAAUAGAUGAAAUAGCAGAUGAAGUAUUAUCAAAUCUCUCCAAACUUCAGGAGUUAAUUGUAGAUAGGAGUAGAAUAAAAUUGAAGGCGGACCUGGUUGGGAGAUUGAUGAAGUUAGAAGUUUUUCAUGGACGGUUCUCCACUGCGAAUGAAAUGAGAAUCUUUCUCAAAUGUCAGCCUAAUAGGUUGAGUGACUAUUUUAUUAAUGUUGGAAGAAAAUUGAAUGUGACUUAUAGUGUUACAACAGAGUUACCAAGAUAUAAGAAAAUAAUAGUGUUCAAGGAGACUAGUUGUGUUGGAGAGAAUACGUUAUUUCCUUCAGUGCAAGUAUUAUGUAUUGAAGCUUGCCACGACAUAAGAAGCUUAAAUGAUUUUUCUGUAAUCAAAGAUGCAACAGAUUUGAGGAGAUGUUCGAUUACGAAUUGUGAUGGCAUGGAGUGCAUUCUUUCCUCGUGGAUAAACAACCCAGUCGUCCAAACCCUUGAGUUUCUGCUUCUUUAUGGUUUGCACAAAUUGGAUUGGCUGUUUGAAGCAAACGUCAUGGCAACAUCAUCACCUCUACCUAGGGCUUUUUCAUCUCUCCAAGUAGUUCAGAUUUAUUUUUGUAAAAAAAUAAAGAAGUUGUUUCUAUCGUGGAAGUUGGUGGAAUAUCUCCAAAGUCUAGAAAGGAUCACAGUUUGGGAUUGUGAAGAAAUGGAAGAAAUAAUAGGAUCAGAUCCAGAAGAAGAAGGAGAAGAAGGAGGGGACAUCAUCAAGGAGCUCAUUCUUCCAAAAUUAAAAAGUUUGGGAUUGGGGUGGUUGCCCGCAUUGAAGAGCAUCUGUAGUAGGAGGGCAGUAAUGGUAUGUGAUUCUCUUCAAUCUAUUACCAUUAGAGGUUGCAAGGGCCUAAGGCGGAUCCCUCUUUAUCUUCCCCUGGUUGAUAACGCCCAACCAUCUCUUCCUCCUUCCCUCAAACAAAUCUAUAUAAUUUCACAAUCAGAAGAAUGGUGGGAAUCGUUGCAGUGGGACCAUCCCAAUGCAAAGGAGGUCCUUCAACCCAUGGUUCAAUUUUAUUAAUCUAUAUGCGAUUCCAUCAUUGGAGUCAGAAAAGUCUGAAUCGGAGGAAUAUCCAGAAGAUUGAAAGGAAGCCAAUUCAUUCAACUAGUCCGUUGCUUUUCGUUCCGGGCUUCGAAGGAUGUCCUUUCUACUACGCUUGUGUGGAUUGUUUUAGUGUGAUUCUUGUGUUUUCAAAGUUUGUGUAAAUUAAUUGUGUUUAAAACUGAUUUAGAACGCCAUUUUUACUCUGUAUUAUUAUAUAUCUCUGUUGUAUGAUGUAGAUGCAUAAAUAUGUGUUGUCUAUGUAAUCUUGAUGAAUUAGCUGGAGAGGAGUAGGAAUUCCAACCCACAACAAUCAAAUCACCAAUUCAUUGAUUCUCUUCUUUCUUCUUUCUUCUUUUUCUUCUUCUUCUUCUUCUUCUUCUUCUUCUCUUCUGUUGUGUGAUAGCUUCUUGUUCAUCAGUACAAGAUGGAAAGGUUUAGGGAAACAUUGGGAGCCAAGCAUAAAGAGAAGCAGCUAUGGCGACAGGGGCAGACAAGACCACGAGGAAAUCAUCUACAACACUUCAUCUCCUCCUGACUGACUCCUUUAAUAGAUUUGGACAAGGUAUUCAAUGUAGACAGGGCUUAUGGUCAAAACACUUCUGUAGUUUCAAUCCACCAAGGCACAAAAAGCGAUGUUCUUUUGGCUUACAAGGUUCAUGAUAGAUCUGCUUCAGAUGUGAAAUAGAAUAAAGAAGGAUGAAGAGGACAGAAAAAUGAAUGAAGGUGAAGCUG